GUUCGCCCCAAGACUCAGACUGAACAGCUUCACACAGGAGGAACAACUGAACAACAGAGAAACGGAUCUGCUUAUCUCCACGGCAACGGAUCCCCUGGUUAACUUCUGCUAGACUUUAGCUAUGGCAAAAAAGUAGAGCACAGGGAGAAGUAACUUGGUUAUUGCUGUAAAAUGGCUUUUCUCAAACCUGUGCUCUGUCCUGUAGUUUGUCUGUGCGCGUGGAUCAUCACUGCUGCAGUCACAGAGGAUGUGCCCAAAGCAGAGAAUGUUCACUGGACAUCUUUGGAUUUUAAAACCAUCCUCCGCUGGGAGAGCAAGGCAAUGAUGGGCUACACCUACACUGUACUCUACUCAAGGGCUGGCGCAGACUGGAUUGAACAUAUAGACUGUAUGCAACUGUCAGAGAUGGAAUGUGACAUGACCAACCUCCUCAGACCAUUCAACAGGACCUACACAGCUGACAUCCAAACAGAACAUGUGGAAAUGGAUUACAACCAUGACCCAGAGGAACUGACUCACACAUACUCACCAGAAUUCAACCCCUACAAACAAAGUAAUAUCAGUGCUGCAAACUUCACGGUGCACAUUGUGAACAAGCGCACAGUGGCUGUCAACAUCACUGAUCCUCUCACUGGGAUUCAUGAGAACAAUAAACAGCUCAGCAUCAGAGAUGUCUUCAGAAAAGACCUGAAGUACAAGAUCAGCUACUACAAGUCUGGAAGCACAGGCAAGAAAGACAUUGUGUCUGACUCCAGUGUGACCGAGGUGCCGAACCUUGAUACGGAGGAGGGUUACUGCUUCAUGGUUGCGGCUUUUAUACCUUCCAGACCCAAAAGCACACAGCUGGGGGCCUGGAGUAAGCAGCUGUGUGUAACAGGUCCCAGGACUUUCCUGCACGAGCUGAGUGUUGGAGUGUGGGUUGGUGCAGUGGCCAUUCUUCUCGUGGUCCUCGUCAUCAUCAUUGCUGUGACUGUACUCUGUUGUAGAUGGUGCCGACGGAAGCGAAACGACCAAGUAGAAACACCUCAGGCAUUAGUACCUCGUUAAUGUAGAUUUGUUUUUCUCUCUGUACUGUCCA